UGAACUCUUGAUUUCCUAUUCCAGUCUUCAGUCAACCAAUUGCCAAAAUCAAAACUUGAUAAAAACAAACAGGAAUCGAAUGAUAAAUCGAUCGAGUGUGUUCGGUUGGCAAAUGUGGAUUCACUAAUUCUUGAUUUUCAUUUCAUUCUCAUCUCUUUCAACGCAUAUAUUCGGAUAUCGACCUCAUGAAAUCUAGUCACUUCCUCAAUCUCAUCAUCCUCAACUUGGCCAACAUUCAUCUAAUUCUAGGCCUUCGAUCACUAGAAGAUGGUAUCACAGCUAUCCCCUUCCUACCCACUGUUGUUCCAUUAUCAGUCAGAUCACCAUAUCUGUGGAACAUUAUUUAGCACAGAUAAAGAUUUGAGUGAGAUGAGUCCAAAGUUUUGGACGGGCAGUCAUAUUGGUUGGACAGGACUUAUAAGAGUAGACGGUGUAGUAUCGAAUUGGAUGGGAAAUCUUACAAACUGGCAGGCAGCCAAUAAUACUGAAUUCUUACUUACUGCUUCAAGUUCGAAUUUUACUUAUCAAGUAGCUAAUUCGACCAUUGAACUUCAAGUUUCAUUUCUUUCACCCAUCACACCAAAUGAUUUAUUCCGCCAAUCAUUACCAUUAUCUUAUCUUACCAUCAGUGUUAAAUCAUUAGAUGGAUUACCACAUCAAGUUGAACUUUAUACUGAUUUCAAUGGGCUUUGGUGUACCGAUUCAGAAUCAGAAGUGAUUGAAUGGAAAGAUCAUUCCAAGUUAACUCAACAAACCAUUGAAGUCUAUUUACGUGAUCAAAGAGAGUAUGUGGAGUCGGAUGAUAGGAUACUUCAUGGUUCAGUUUGGUAUAGUACUCUUGGACCUCAAGGUUCAAAGAUCACAAGAUCUUUAGGAUUAGAUCGAGAUCUUACUAGAGAAAUCUUUUCAAACACUGGUGAACUUGAGAAUACCUUGAAUCAAACCUAUCGAGCCAUUCGUAGUCAACAUCAAAAUGGAACUCAAGAUGAACCUACUUUUGCAUUUGCUCAUAACCUUGGAAAGAUCAAAGCACAAACUUCGAUUGAGGAUCGGACUGUGAUUUACUCAAUUGGUCAUGUUCGUGAACCGUUAGUACAAUAUAUGACAAAAGGAGAUAAGAUUAUUGGACUGCAACCUUUAUGGAAGACACGGUUCAAUUCACCAAUCGAUUUAGUCAACUUUCAUAUAAAAGAUUAUCAUCAAUCACGUACACUUUCUGAAGCUUGGGAUACACAACUUGAUCAAGAUGCUACAAGAAUCGAAAGUCAAGAUUAUGCAGAUAUGCUUAAGAUUUCGACACGUCAGAUCUUCAUGGCAUUAGAAAUCGUAUGGGAUCAAGAUGAAUCGAUGAAUCGAACUGGAACAGAUACAAUGAUCAAUGGAUAUAGAACUAUGGCCAUGUUAAAAGAAAUCUCAUCGAAUGGAAAUUGUCAAACAACCGAUGUGAUAGCCCCAAUGUUACCAUUUUUAAUUUAUGCAUCACCUCAACUUUUAACCCUUUUACUUGAACCGAUCUAUCGAUAUAUUUCCACUGGAUUGUAUAACCCGAUUCCAGUUCCACAUGAUCUAGGUGAUCAUUAUCCAAAUGCAACAGGUCGGAAUGAUUUUGUUAGGGCUACUUUACCAAUGGAAGAAUCGGGUAAUUUCUUAUCUUUAGCUCUUGGUUGUUUAAGAAAAGAAAGUUGUAUAGAUCAAGUUCAAGAUUAUUAUUAUUUAUUAAAGAGAUGGGCGGAUUGGUUAGUUGAAAAUGCUUUGUAUCCUGAUGAUCAACGUUCGACUGAUGAUUUCUUCGGUCCUUCACCAAACCAAACUAGUCUCGCAGUCAAAGGAAUCAUAGGACUUCGUGCAAUGUCAGAGAUUUCAUCAACCCUAGGUCACAAGCAAGAUUUUAUUUAUUAUAAGGAUGUGGCUAUUAAGUAUGUUAAAGCGUUUUUAGAAAUUUCAGUUUCAAAAGAUCGUACAAAUCUUUUAGGAUCUUAUAAUAAUCAAUCCUCAUGGAGUACUCAAUAUAAUUUGUACCUCGAUAAAUUGUACCAGUUGGAUCUAUUCCCUGAUUGGGUUUAUGAUAUGCAAGAUCGUUGGUACCUCCUUAAAGCAGGAAAUCAAUCAACCUACGGACCACCAUUAGAUUCAAGAGCACCAGAUCGAGCCAAAACAGAUUGGUUGAUAUGGACCUCAGCAGCUUCAACAUUACAAGAGACCCGAAAACGUUUAUUAGAUUCAGUGGUCCGAUAUUUAAAACAAACUAACAAUAACGUGUUUGGUGAUUUGAUUACCAUCGAAGGGGGUUGGUCAAUUGGAUUCUUAGUUAGACCAGUCGUUGGUGGUCAUUUUGCUUUACUGGCUUUUGCUCCACCUGAUUUGAUUCCUCUAAGGUUUAAGAUUCGAGAUUUUCUUCGUUCAGAGGUUUGGGCUUGUGGAGUUGGAAUCCUUGCGGCUUGUUUUUUGGUUUGGAGAAGGUGUUGUAUGAAGAUUAAAAGAAAUGAUAAGAUUCAUCAUCAUCAUCUAGGUUUACAUUCUAAUUCACAUCAAGAUGGGAUUGGGAUUCUUAGUGGUCAAAAGAAAAAUGAAGGUGGUAAUGAUGAUGGUGAUGAUGAAUCAGGUAUUCAAUUAUUAAGACCUGGAUCUUAUCAUCAACUUUGAUUGAUUUAUAUAUCUAUUUUGAUUUUGCAAGAAUUGGGAUUGUUUUAAAAGAAAGCCAAAUGACAAAUUGUUGGACUGUUUUGGGCUUCUACAUAGCAUUUUUGGUUUCUUUUUUUGUGUUGUGUUUUUUGAAUGAAUGGUUUUGUAAGAUUAGUUUAUCUGAUCAUAUUCAAAAUGUUUAUCUAUGUUGUUGUAUGAUGUGCAAGUUGAACAAUUGAAUGGUUAGAGAAUAAAUACAGUGCAUAAAGGCU